AUGCGCUCCUCGACGCUCACUCUCGCCUCCCUCCUCUCUACCUCCCACGCCGGAGCCCAUCGUCCCCGCCCCGUCGACCAAAGCAUCAAUCCUCGCGCCGAAUACAUCGGCGGCUGGGCCUGGUCUACCACCGACAUCUGCAGCGGCGCGUGGUCCAGCUCAUGCGGCACGAGCAACAACAGCUGUUGUCCGACGGGAGAGACGUGUUUUGGAACCGGUGGAUUGCCUCAACAAACUUCUUACACUCCCAGCAUGCGCGGACCAGUCAAUGGAAAUCCCCCUACAGCGGCGACGGGGGUCUGUCUCGUCGCCGAUCAAGGGGUUCCCGCCACCGAGAUCCUGACAGCUGCAUAUCGCGCGCCCAACCCCACUCGGGUCUCUGACACCGUCAUAAAAUACCCAACCUACACCCAAUCCGGCUCCUCCUCGACGGCCAUCUCCAACACAACCACCACAACCGUCAACAACGACACCAGCACCACCAACCACGGCGUCAAGCUGAGCAACCGUUCAAUCGUCGGCAUCGUCAUCGGCGGCAUCGCCCUAAUCCUCGCCCUCUUCUUCUCCUGGAGCGUCGUAAAACGGUACAAGCUAAACAAAGCAGCGGGAACACCGAGGUUUGACCUACCACCUAUCAUCGAGCCGCCGGAGAAUAGACCAAUGUACGUCAGCACCGGGAUGGCGUAUUACGAUUCCCCACACGGCGCUCGCCCGGAAAUGGGAAAUGUCGGCUCCAGUCGCUACUCCAACAGCAACCUGGCAUCCUCCGGCUACGCCGAGGGGGGAGCUCCUGGCACGGCGACGCCGAAUGGCCUGGCUCAGUCCCAGGCUGAGUCGCAGCAAACGCAGACGCAAAGCCCGGUACCGGCGAGCGCGGUGCCGGUGGGUCCUAUGUCGCCGCCGCCGCUGCCGCCGUAUGGGAGUCCCCCCCCACCCGCGCAGUAUAGGGAGUUGCAUGCGCAGGCUGCUUUGCCAGGGGAGCUGGAUAGUAGGAGUGCUGCGGCUGGGUUGAAGAGGAGACCAGUGGAACAGGGGAUGGAAGGGAGACAGGAGUUGGAAGGAGGAGGAGGACAGAGAGGGGGUGAGAGCACGGCUGGGAGGAUGGAGAUGUGA